UGCUGUUGACACACAGGAAUCCAGACGCACACACACACACAUUCACUCAUUGCUCUUUCUCUCUGCUUGGCAGGAAGAGUCUCCUCUGAACCAGACAACAGCUUGCGCUUCUCUGCUUUUCCUCUGCUGGCAGGUGUUAGAAAUAAAGCCAUAAAUAAGUGGAGCUAAAGACAACACUACAGAAAGAGAGAGAGGAGGACAAAUGUCUUGCUGGAGAGAGCAAGGAAUAUGAGAGGAAAAAGGAGAAGAAACCUGCAUUUUUUUUAGGUAGCUUGUAUUGUUAGUAGGGUUUGCUGUUCUGUUUUUAUUAUCUUUUUUUUUUUUGUGGUUGAAGUGAAUAUUUAGAUGUUUUGAUUUCAAGCGCUGAUGUCAGUCUGAGUGAGCCAGUAGUUGAGGAGAAACCAAAAGUAACCGGGAGGAACGCAAGGCAGUCAUGGACAUUAUAACACCUCAGAUUCGAAACUGGAUGACUUGGAUUUGCACACCGGAGUUGGACCCCAUCCAGCCCACUGUCCACUGAUACAAAUGAGUACCCAUGUGCCAUCUGAGACAUGCUUCCUGGCUAUGGAAUCUCUCCUCUUCUUGAUUUUCAGCCUCACCUCCAAGCGUUCCAUUGCAGAGGCGAGAGCUCUGACAUGUGGUUCCCAGGCUCAGUUGAGACCCAGGCUCUGAGUGAUUCUCGGGAAGGAAGGCCUCUCCUGCGGCAGCAUCAACACAUUGCUGUGUGUCAGCAAGAGACAUUGGCCUUCAUUGACCUUCAAGAGCAAAGUGUUAAUGGUUUCCAAUCACGCACAUCGGAAAACUGUAGUUCCUCUCUUUGCUCCAAGCCUCUCAAAUGCAAUGGAAGGAGUCCAUCUGACUUUGCCAAGAGUGAGAGUAAAGACAGAGCACUGGACAAUUAUUUGACAAAGGAUAUCAAUAAUGUGGAAGUGGUUCAGGAACAGUCAUGGACAUACAUUACUGGCUUACCCGAGACAGUUCAUGAAAAUCCUGAUUCAGGAGUUAAGAGUCUCAAUCCUCGGAAUUUAUUUCUGCCUCUGUCCCCUAUAUAUGCACCUGGGGACAGGAACUCUUUGGAGUCUCAGCAGCUAAGCUCCCCCUCUUCCCCUUUAGAGUUACAGGGUCCAGACCCAUUUCGCCCUCAAAGACGCACCUCUUUGGGAUCCAUAAAAGAGAAGUCUAUAAGGCGUAAGAUGAGGGUGUAUUCUCCAGACACUCUGGAAGCGUCUCCCAGCAGCCCAGGUGUGGAGUGUGAUUAUCUGCUUCCAGCAUCCUUUGAGUCAUUCGUAGAAGGAGGGCUUGGCAUGGUGGGAUCUACCAUACCCACAUCCCAGGCUUCCAGCCCCCUCCCAGGCGUAGAUGAAGACCUCUCUCUUUUUGCCAUACCAAACUCUCCAAAACCUUUCUUAAAUACCCUUCAGGAGGGUGUCAGAUGCCAAGCGGGUGUAAAUGACGAGGGGAGGCAGAGGUUAGGCCUGGAGGAUUGUGAAAAUCUGCAAGACCCUCCCCUCAACAGUGGGACAUCGAUGCCUCUGUCCCGUUCUCGUUCAGCAGACAAUGAGCGCCGGCGCUUCUCUGCUUCUGAGCUCAUCUCCCGCCUUCAACUCUCUCAGAGGAAAAACUCUUUUACACUUAAGUUGGGCAAGUCUCUCUCUGCUCGCGUGGCCUCCCGGGACCGCCACCUGUCUGGAAACCUCAGCUCAGACUACAAACCCAACUCCAGACAUCGCUUCUCAGGGGGAUCAAGUGACAGUGGACCACAUAGUCCUGUGGGGUCUGCACCACCACUGCCCUCUGCUGACUGUAAUCAGCCACUGCACAGAAGGAGCUCCAAGCAAAGAAUGAGAAAAGUUUCUGUUGGUGAGGAUGGAGGCAGCCCUCCCAGUAACUCUAAACGUCUAUCACGUUUCUUGCCAAGCUUGAUUUUGUAUCAGGAAUACAGUGACGUUGCUAUCAACAGAGAGAUACAGAGGCAACAAGGGGCAGAGCCAGGAACCGAUGAAGAAAGAGGGGAGUCUGUGUCUCCUGGAAAUCUCUCCCCAUCCAGCUCAUUCCGUUCAUCACGAGGCUCUGCUUUUUCUCUAUGGCAAGAUAUUCCUGAUGUUCGGUCAAGUGGACAACUUGACAAUUUCAGCAAUGAAGAGCGUAAACUGCAGGAGGCAAAGUUUGAGUUAGUGACAUCAGAGGCCUCAUACAUACGGAGCUUGUCUAUUGCAGUUGACCAUUUUAUGAUGUCUCCUGAGCUAUGUGAGUGUCUUGGGACACAGGAGAGGCAGUGGCUCUUCUCCAAACUGCCUGACGUGAAAGAAGUCAGUGAGAGGUUCCUUCAAGAUUUGGAGCGUAGGUUAGAAGGAGACAUUUUGCGGUUUGAUGUGUGUGACAUUGUCCUUGACCACUGUCCUGCACUGCGGAGGGUUUAUCUGCCUUAUGUCACCAAUCAGGCCUAUCAGGAACAGACCUAUCAGCGACUACUGCAAGAGAAUGCCCGAUUCCCUGGGAUCCUUGCCCGCCUGGAAGAGGACCCAAUAUGCCAGAGGCUGCCUCUUACAUCAUUCCUCAUUCUUCCUUUUCAAAGAAUCACACGCCUCAAAAUGCUAGUGGAGAAUAUCUUAAAGAGAACAACGCCUGGAUCGCGAGAUGAGGACACUGCCACUAAAGCACUUAAUGAGCUCAAAAAGAUUAUAAAGGAAUGUAACUCCAGUGUCCAGUCCAUGAAGAGAAUGGAAGAACUAAUUCACCUAAACAAGAAAAUUCACUUUGAGGGCAAGAUUUUCCCUCUCAUCUCUCAGUCUCGCUGGCUGGUCAAACAUGGUGAACUGCUAGAAGUGGACACACAGAACUUGAGUAUAUCUGGAUCUAAGUUUAAGCUUACCACCCGGCCAGUGUACUUGCACCUGUUUAAUGACUGUCUUCUGCUUUCCCGAAGGAAGGAGUCAUGGAAAUUCAUGGUGUUCGUACAUGCAAAAAUUGAAGACCUCAAGGUGAAAGACCUAAGCCAGAAACUUCAGGGAAUCUCAGGAUUCAUCUUCUAUCUGCAGUUAUGUGAGGGGCAACAGCUAAAACACCAAAUUCUGCUCAAGUCACCAACAGAGAGCAGCAAACAGAGGUGGAUCACAGCCAUGUUUCCCUCCGAUCCAAAGACAGCUAUUGAGCAGACCAAUGAGAAUGAUGAUCUAUCUCAGGUCCAGUGCAUCAGGAGCUACCAGGCUCAAGAGCAUGAUGAGUUAACGCUGGAGAAGGCAGACAUCCUUCAAGCUGUAACAAUUACAAGUGAUGGGUGGGUAGAGGGGAUUCGGUUGUCAGAUGGAGAGAGGGGCUGGUUCCCUAAAACGUACGUGGAGGAGAUCACAAGCCGCAGUGCUCGUUUGCGAAACCUCCGUGAAAACAUUCGCAUCAAGUGUGUCUCACAGAAAUUAGAGGGAGAGACUCUCUGAGACCUUGAAGAAUGGGACAUUGUUUUACUUCACACAUCAUCUGCUUUACCAAACCAGGGUGGAUCUGUAAGUAUUGCAAUUUGUGGGCAUAUUCCACGUUUUCAUGGCUAACAUUUUAGCUUUAGUAUGGUUUACUGUAACAUCUAAAAUAUGCAGAAGAUAGGAUUAAUAAACUACAGUAUGCAUUGCAUCUAUGGAGGACUAAAAGUGCCAAGUAAAAUAAAAUCAAUGAUUAAUUUAUGUUGAAAAUAAAACUGCAUGAAUUGGUUUACAGAGAUUUACUAUUAGAAGUUAAUCAUAUUUAUUUAAUUAUUGAUUACAUUUGAUCACAAACACAUAAAAAGGCUAUACAUACAAAUGUACUUGUAUUCAUUUUGUUAUUUUUAUGAGUAAGAUUACCUAAAAAUGGGGUAGCAAAGUGGCUCAGUGGUUAGCACUGAGGCCUCACAGCAAGAAGAUCACUGGUUCAAGUCCCAACUCGGCCAGUUGGCAUUUUUGUGUGGAGUUUGCAUGAUCUCCCUGUGUUCGAGUGGAUUUCCUCCGGGUGCUCUGGUUUCCCCCACAGUUCAAAAACUUGCACUAUAGACCUUUUUUCAUUGCUGCAUGGGGGGGCACCAUAUGACCAGCACCUUCCGGUAGGAUGCUUCAAACUUCCAUUUAGAAUUGUCAACAGCGAGUGCAGCGUUUCUCAACUGGGGUUCAAUACUGUUUUGAGUGGCUUACGGAGUGUUUUUGUGAGGCAAAACUUUAAUUUUUAAAGACGUGUGUUAAAGCUGUUAUGCUUCUGUCAGAUGCAGUUCAAGUGAGAGAGAAAAAUGUUCUCCUAACUCAGUGUCUGCCAUCAGAUAAAAUGUUGAAACAUAACAUCAGUGUUCCUGACCACCUGAUCAGCUGUUACAAUAUGUACUCCACGGCUCUUCAAUGCGCACACAUAUCACGCAAUACAUCACUGCAUUAUAGAGUAAUUACUGGCAUGAAACUUAACAGGUAUGCUAGCCAUGCAAUUUCAAAAAUGACCAAUAAAAGUGUUACUGAUACUAUUCUGGCUAAUUUGCAUGUUGAUUCUAAUCAGGAUUUACUUAUGUUUUUGUUUAGUUAGUUUGUGUUGUGCAGUAUUUACCAUGGUAUGUUCUUUGCAAUUUCAAAAUGCCACUUUAUUUUUACUUUGUGACACUUUCAGUCAAUGUUAGUGGGACAGUGUGCAUGUAUAUCAAACAUUUUGGUGAGUUACAUUUGUUUGGGUUGGUUAUAUAUUUAAAAAAAGAGAAAAUGAUCACUUUAGAGAUGACGAGGAUCCAUUUUCACGGCAAAAGAUGCCGUCUGACAAUGAGGGAAAAAUGCCUCACAGCAGUUGUUUUCCAUCCCCUUAGAUUGCAUUUUUAAAAAUAAUCAGUCCAGGAGGUGAUGCUAAUCGACAGCAAUAUUACUUCAAAGACGUUAAAAGCAAGUAAAA